CUGCAGGAAACGGCGUCUCUCCCGGGUCAGUGCUACACGGACACAUGCAGUAUCACAGGAGUGCGGCAGUACCAGGACGUGAACGCAGAGGUUCAGAACAUGGAGUCACCGGAUGUGGACAGCAGGGGGCAGCACGGAGCUGGGCCUCAAAGCCAGUGUGGGAUGGGGUCCUCCUGGAGAAGGGGCGUGGUGUUAGUGGCCCCCUCACAGACUUACGUGAGGGCCACAAAGGACAUGGGGAAGAUGCUCGGGGGCGACGAGGAGAAGGACCCCGAUGCGGCCAAGAAGGAGGAGGAGCGCCAGGAAGCCCUGAGGCAGGAGGAGGAGGAGCGCAAGGCCAAGUACGCCAAGAUGGAGGCGGAGCGCGAGGCCCUGCGGCAGGGCAUCCGAGACAAGUACGGCAUUAAGAAGAAGGAAGAGCGCGAGGCCGAGGCCCAGGCCGCCCUGGAGGCCAAUUCGGAGGGCAGUCUGACGCGGCCGAAGAAAGCCAUCCCGCCAGGCUGUGGGGACGAGCCGGAGGAGGAGGACGAGAGCAUCCUGGACACGGUCAUCAAGUACCUGCCCGGGCCGCUGCAGGACAUGUUCAAGAAGUAACGCCCCGGCGCUGGACACAGCCCGCCCGAGCCCGGACCCCACCCCUGCCGCCCCCUCGCCACCUACGCCCUGUACUCGCCCUCCGUGGAGGCCCCUGAAGGGAUGCCGGGAGCAGAGUGCAGCCCCCGAACGCCGAUAUAAGCCAUAGCCUAGACCUAGCCGCCCCACGCGCCCCUCAUGCCUGGGGAGCCUGCGCUCACCGCUCACCACCAGCCCCUCCCCUCACUGCCAUCGCCGCCGCCACCAGGGGAGGGGUGCCCCCCCUGGACCGGCCCACAUGCUCCUCUGGGUUGAACCCCCCCCCAGAGCCUGGGACGGCCCUACUGCUCCCGCCCGUCACACCCACCCAGCAGCGCCCAAGGCCACGCCACCGAAAGGGCCAGCGCAGCAUCUCGACCCCCUGUCGGUGCGCCGCCCUGCGUUCUUGGGCGCUUGCCCCGUCCCAAACUCAGGAGCACAGCCAUAGUGGGGGGAAGGCGGGCGUGCGGGCGGGGGCGGGAGCCUCCCCUCGCCCCCGCAGCGACAGCUGGGCUGCAGCGGCUCCGAAUCUUCCUGUCUGAAGGCUGCCCACCUCCACCUGCACCCCUCACAUCGUCCAUCCGUCUCUUCCUGCCCUCCGUGCCCUCCCCCCCCCCCCCCCCCGCCCGCUCCUCUGGAAGGCUUUGCUCCGGAGCAGUGCCAGGACCUGGGUCUCUUCCAAACUGAGCGGAACCAAGCAGCAGGCCUCGGGGGAAAUUUAGGACACCGCCCCCACCGCAGGCCCAGUGUGGAACAGCGCAGCCCCUCGCGCACCCUGUGGCUCACCGCCCCCCUGAGGCCCAGCCCUCGCCCCUCCCUGGGUGGCACCUCGGGUCUUCUUAGCAGAGGCUGCUCUGGGGUGGGGGUCUCCUGCCCGCACCUUCUGUGCGCCCGCACCUUCCACGAGAGCAUGGGGGAGACUUGGGGCCCUGGAUGGGUGCCGCGCCUGGGGACAGAAGGUCCCUCCGGGCCCUCCUCUGUCCCUCGAGCUGGGGACCCGCCAGGCAGCCUUGCGCUCAGCCUGGCGGAGUCUGAGGAGCGCCACCGCGGGCCUUCCCGACCCUUCCGUCUCUUUCAUCCUUGUUUUCCUUUGCAUCACGAUAUGUUGAAUCUCAGGUAAAUGAGGUCUUACGUGUUUGGGGAGUUCUAUCGGGGCAGAAAGCCCGUCGCCUUGGUGUCCGGGGGCCCCUUUCUGUCCGUACCGCACAUUCAUCGAGUCCACGUGUUGCGGGCCAGGGGCGCGGCCCCACGUAGCUCUUUAGAGAAGCCAUAACAAUAGACUGCAAUACUCACCGCGGACGCCCCUGCCCGGCCCGCGGGCCCUGCGCGUCCUGCGCCCUCCACUCCUUUCGGUCCCAUGUCUUUUUUAAAUGCCUGUUUUCACACGUCAAAAAGCCAGCUCUGAGCAGACAGGGCGUUGUCGCGUAGAAACCCCGCACCCCGUUCCCAGCGCAUGGGGCGCCCGGAGCCGCGAGCUUAGCGUAGGCCGUGGAUGUCGUCCGUCCUGUCCUUGCGCCCACGCCUCCUCCUGCAUGUCGGGGGCCGUCGCGUGUGUUCUCUCUGGAUGGAAUCACAGCCAAUAAACACCAUAGUGAGUUCA